AUGGGCUUCUCAGGUCUAGUGAGAUGGACCAAUGCCCCAACUACAGGACUUGAGCUCAUAGCUCAGAAUAUUACCAAAAACCACCAGGGUCUGUACCGAGGCAAAUGGCAACUACACAUGAAGUCCUUUCGUUCGACUCUCGGCUCCGUCCCAGGCUUCCAGGUCCCCGUAGAGCGCUCCAUGUGCACACUCACCAUGGACGACAACGUCUUCUGCGUCCUCGAAGACCCCGCCGCGCCCAUGCGCGCCGACUACCUCGCCCAGGCCGCCGAGUUCGCGCGCGCACACCCGGACGGCAGCGCGUCCUUCCCGCCACCCACACACUUCCGUCACACGUUCCCGACGCUCGUGCCCCCGAUGGCGCUCGAGCAGCUCCUCACCCAGCUCCGCGCGCGCUGGGCGCCAGUCCGCUCGUCCGGUGGGGGCGGAGGAGGCAGCAGCCAGGGCUCAAGCAGCCAGUCGAGCAUCGUCGAAUACGUACCGCUUCCGGUAAUGGAGGAGGCGUUUGACAUGCAGCCGGUGUUGACAAACCUGCUGCUCUCGAUCCUACCAAACGUACCAGAUCCUCGCAUUGUCGCAAUGACAUUGGGAGAAUGGCAGUGGGCAGAAGUGCAAUGGGACACCGAAGAGGAUCUUGAGAAAGAAGCCGAGGAAAAGAAGGCACGCCGAGUCGAUGAAGAUGAUAUUUACGUCGCAGAUGGAGACCAUCCGCCAUUCAAAAAAGGCGACUGGAUUGGAAUGGAUAGGGAUCGACGAUCGGCCUAUCUCAUCAUCAACGUACUGAAGCAAGAAGGCUUGUUAUAG